AUGAUCAGCGCCGACCCAUCUACCUUGCUCCCCUUCGGCCCUUCUUCUGCCAAGCCGGAGCGUCUUAAAGACGAAGACGGUGGCGACAUGAAAGUCGCGGAGUAUAUAGUCUCCUCGCCAGCAGCCGUUUCCAAGCUUCAUCAUUCAAGGCGUGACUUCCAUUUCAUCCUCACAAUCCCCUCGCGCCAUGGCAAAGCAAUCGCCCAGGCGGGGAUGACCCAGAUCUUUGCCACUCCGGGCCUCAUCAACAACGUCACCCGCGUCAUUUCUGAUCUCGACUACGUUGCUCUUCACGUUCACCGGACCCAGCUCAACACAACUGACAAGGCCAUUGCUGAUAUUUUCCGGCUGAAUGGUACCUGCAUCACGGAGCAUUGGGAUGUGCAACAGACCAUGGUCCCAAGCUUUACGAACCCCCUGGCUUACUUCUAA